AUGACUACCAUCGGAUAUGGUCGACCGGUUAAUAGAUUACGCCCGCGUCGACGGGGAUAUGUCAUGUCACCGCGAACAAUAAUUCCCACCCGCGCAAAGGUUUACGCGUUCGCGAUCCGUUGCAGUUCGCAAUAUUAUCAUAUUUCUGACUACGGGUUAACGGCCAAUCAUAACACGUUUCCCCUUAUCGCCCGAAACGUCGGCCCGCGGCGACGCGUGCCACGAGCGUCUCCGCGCUACGCUACCCGGUUUGGUCUCUUUCUGUUCGUUCUUUUCGUUCUUCGUGUCUACACCUCGUCUCGAGAUUUCUGUCGCCGGACGGUCUCUGGACACAGUUGUCGUGAUGAAAUACUCUCGUGUAUUACGCGGAUUCACCAAGUUUUUGGCCGUCAAGAAAAGGUCGUGUACCUUGGCACGAUCCACGACGGUGCCUCGAACGAAUCGAUGAAGCGAGUGCCGAUCUGGUCCGCUGGGCGGACAUCUUCGGGAGAACGACGGUAA